UUGGUACCCAAUCCCCCUUUUCCCCUGGGAGAGCAAAUCUUCCAUGGUCCGUCCCUCCCUCUUGUUUGGUAAUCAUUUCAUUUUACUCCUUUUUGAAGCACUCGCUUGUUUUAUCCCACUUUUCAUUUCACAAUCCGGUGCGCGUAUGUUCGCCUUCUGAUCAACUUCGGCAUCUCCCCUCUCUUUCCUCACGACGAAAAGGUCUCCUAGAUCCCGGCUGAUUCUUUUCCUUUGAGAUGCUUAACUGUUCUAACACUCACCCUCUCUCCACCCUCUUUUAACUUCAGACCGUUAAGCUUGAGCGAACUGAACUGAGGUUGGAAUUUAAAAUAAAGCGGAAAACCCAAAGGGAUACGACGCUCGUCUUUGGAUAAGGACCGCUAUCGCUUUCCCCCUUGUUGCACUUUGGGGAAGAUUCUUCCCAUUUCAGUUGCUCGUCGUUAAUCCAGGUGGCCUUGCUUUGAGUGAACAGGAGGAUUAUUUAGCGUGAUUUGGUGAAGAGAGAAAGAUCCCAGAAGGUUACUUUCAUGUUCUCCAUCCAGGACAGCCUCCCGCGGGGAGCCUUGACCAUGAAAGAGGAACCGCUCACGAGUGGCAUGACACCGGUCCGCUCUUGGAUGCAGAGCGCGGGGAUAUUGGACGCGAACACAGCAGCACAAAGCGGUGUAGGUCUGGCCCGGGCUCACUAUGAAAAACAGCCCCCCUCGAACCUGCGCAAAUCCAACUUCUUCCACUUUGUGUUGGCGCUGUACGACCGACAGGGCCAGCCCGUGGAGAUCGAGAGGACCUCCUACAUAGACUUUGUGGAGAAAGACAAAGAGUACAAUGGAGAGAAGACCAACAACGGCAUCCAUUACAGGCUACAGCUCCUUUACAGUAACGGCAUCAGGACAGAACAAGAUCUGUUUGUACGGUUGAUAGACUCCAUGACCAAAGUGGCGAUCCUCUACGAGGGCCAAGACAAAAACCCAGAGAUGUGCCGCGUCCUUCUCACCCACGAGAUCAUGUGCAGUCGUUGUUGUGACAAGAAGAGCUGUGGAAACCGCAAUGAGACGCCCUCUGACCCGGUCAUCAUUGACAGAUUCUUCCUGAAGUUCUUCCUCAAAUGCAAUCAGAAUUGUUUGAAAAAUGCAGGGAACCCACGAGACAUGAGACGGUUUCAGGUGGUGGUCUCCACUACGGUGAAUGUGGAUGGCCAUGUCCUUGCUGUCUCUGACAACAUGUUUGUCCACAACAACUCCAAACAUGGCCGGAGGGCUCGACGCCUGGACCCCUCUGAAGCUACGCCCUGCAUCAAAGCCAUCAGCCCGAGUGAGGGGUGGACGACCGGGGGAGCCACUGUCAUCAUUAUCGGAGACAACUUCUUUGAUGGACUGCAGGUGGUCUUCGGCACUAUGCUGGUCUGGAGUGAGCUAAUUACCCCCCACGCCAUCCGGGUCCAGACGCCCCCUCGCCACAUCCCAGGGGUCGUGGAGGUCACACUCUCCUACAAAUCCAAGCAGUUCUGCAAAGGGGCGCCAGGGCGGUUUGUCUACACUGCCUUGAAUGAGCCUACCAUCGACUACGGCUUCCAGAGGCUACAGAAAGUCAUCCCCAGACACCCAGGAGAUCCCGAGAGGUUACCUAAGGAAGUGCUGUUAAAGAGAUCAGCAGACUUAGUAGAGGCCCUGUAUGGAAUGCCCCACAACAAUCAGGAGAUCAUCCUGAAGCGGGCAGCGGACUUGACCGAGGCCCUGUACAGUGUCCCCCGCAGCCACAACCAGCUGCCCUCGCUCAGCGGCUCGGCAGCUCACUCCGGCAUGAUGGGAGUCAACUCCUUCAGCAGCCAGCUGGCAGUCAACAUCUCUGAGGCCUCGCAGGGGGACCAGGGUUACUCCCGUAACUCCAACAGUGUAUCGCCCCGUGGCUACGUCCCCAGCUCCACGCCCCAGCAGUCCAACUACAACACCAUCACGUCCACCAUGAACGGCUACGGAGCGGGCAUGACCAACCUGGGGGUGCCAGGCUCACCCAGCUUCCUCAACGGCUCUGCCGCCAACUCCCCCUACGCAAUCAAACAGAAGAGCGCCUUCGCCCCUGUCGUGCGGCCACAGACCUCCCCGCCCCCCACCUGCACCACCACCAAUGGCAGCAGCCUACAGGCCAUGGCAGGUCUCAUAGUCCCACCUAUGUGAAGAAGACCUUCUGCCAGACAGACCACAUUUCCACUGGCUCACAGAAUCUCUACAACAGAAGCUUAAAGCUCAUCAAUCUCCAAAACAGGACCAUGAAACCCCUUCACUCCUGGAAACAGAGCAAACAGCACAACAAAGAAAAUUACAGUAACCGAUAACCCGUAAAAUGUCACUAGAGUAUGUUUGUGUUGGUUCAGUAAUUGAGUUCACCGUCACCUUCUGUGCUUUGCAUUUUGGGACUUUCCUUGCCCAAUGGAUAGCAUUCCAACAUAUAUAUGUGUGAAGGGUUAGCUCAUCUGAAAAUAUAGCGAAUAAUAAACUGUGGAUUUGAAAGGCAGGUAGUUAAUCCUUGUGGUGUGAGUAUUGUCCUGAGUCCUAAACAAGAAAAGUCAUUUGACUGGAUCUUCUAAUGAACCGAGUUCCUUUUCAGUCAUAUAACCACUGUGAGCAGGGAACGUGGAAAGGCCUAUAGUUCAAAACUGUCAGCUAUGGAAAAAGUGCAGAAUCCAAGAAUAUCAAACUCUCCGUCAAUUGUCAGACUCAAAAUAGGUGGGAGUUUCAAUGAAAAUUCCCCCCAAUGUCUAUAAAAAACCCGCUUCAAAAGACCAUUGAUAUCUAAUGUCAAAGUCUAAUAGCAUUUUUGUUUGUGUACCAUAGCUUUUAAUAAUGUGUGUGUUUAUCAUAUUUAAAGGGAAAUGCAGUAAUUUUCUAAUCUAAAGAAAGGGUUGGCAAACAUUCUGCCAAGGAGAGAAAAGCAAAUGUUAUACUAAUAUUUGCCCACUACCAGAGUCAUGCCAGGGCAGCCCAAGGUUGUGAGGUUCAAAGGUUUUGGAUGUCUACCAUUUUUGAACCACAGUACAAAAGAUAUAUUUCCGGGGUGUGUUGAUUGAUAGAUUUUAACCAGAAAUGCUUGCAGCAGUUUUAAUCACAUUUAGGUACCAGAGUUCUUGUUAUUCUUCUGAUUGUGCUUAUUUUGUAUGUAUUUAUAAAGUAUGUUUUGGGAUUCCUUUUGUGAUUUAGGCCUGAAUGAUAGUCUCAAAUAUACAUGUAAACACAUUCGAUGUCUUAAUACCUUUUAGAUAUUGUAAAAAGAUUGAAAAAGGAGAUGAACAACCCUUUUGUAAAAACAAAAAAAGUUGAAACAUGACAUGGUCACCCUGUCUUUUAAAGCAGGAUAUAUGCUCCACCACUUUUGUAUAAAAAUGCAUUUCCGAUACUAUAUUUAACUUUUUUUUUGUACACAGCAUUUGUGUUUCCCCCCUGUUCUUCUUGUCUUUUCUGUGUUACUGUGAAAUGUGUAUUAUCAUGGUUAUUUCUUAAUGCACUAUUUUAGUUGGGGCACUUACAAGAGCAAUGCAUCUUAGCAAGCAAGAAAAACUAAAAGCUAAUGACAAAAGCUAGUACAAAUAUUAACCAAGAUGUUUUUUUUGGGGGGGGGGAUUCACAUUUUUGUCAUUGUGGCUGAAAUGGAAAGGUCAUUGUCAUGUGAAUGUCUCUAGUUCAAAAACUCUUCUAUCAUAAACCUCUCUUAGUUCAUUGGUUAGAAUUCAACUCCUUUCCCAUGUUAUUUGGACCCAAGCCUACUCCUUGUGUUUUGGUGAGAAUGAAUGUAAUACACAUGCCUGUACGAAUCAGCUGCGAAGUUGUAACCCAAGUAAACCUUCAAUAACUGUCGAAGGACCACUCAAGUGUAGGGUUCAACUCUCUCAAGGAACCUUGAUGUUAGUGUUUUUGGUGGUGGUGGUGGUGUUAUUGCCGUUGCACACAAUCUAUCAUUUACUUAUGCAAUUUGUAUUUACUGUAAUGCAAGUUCUCUCUCCACAUUUCAGUGGAAUGGUUUUGAAACAUAAAAGAACACAAGACAUAAUUGAUGCCUUACAAUAGAACAUGAUCCAACUUAAUGCAUUUUCAUUAUUUUGAUACUCUAAUUGAAGUGUGGUUCAUUUGAGUUAUGCUUUUGCAGAUGUUUAAGAAUGAGUUAAAGUUGUCAUUAAUUUGAUGCUUUCGAUUAAUUUAAUAACACAGGCCCAUCAUUUGAGCUGCAGAGGAUGUAGUUUAAACUGGGAUAUGUUGGAGGGCACUUCCUUCUCCAAAUGUCCACAUAUCUUGUUUAAUAGUGGACAAUAGGUGACAAAUCAAUGAUGAGCCUGAUUAUAUCUUUGAUUGUAUGCAAAUUCUGUGCAGUGAUUUCCAUACAUCGGCAAUCAUCGGGUGGCAUCAACUGUCGUCAUAAUGUGGGCUUGUAAAAAAAAAGCGGAAAAAUCUGUUACGCUUUUUUGAAAGCCAUUUUUCAAUUACGAGAUUGAAGGCCAGCUCAUAGAAUGUCUUUUAGAGUGCACUUGUACACUUCACAAAACAUCUGAAUUCAAUAUCAUGGAGUUCUAAACCCAUUUUCAAUGAAAACACAAGUUUUCUCUUCAAGUUAAAUCUUGGCUGACUUUUCACAAUCCUCCCCUUCAACCCCCAUUCCCUGUAUCCAUUCCAUCCAUAUACUGAGUUUUAAAUAGCUUGAUUUAAAAAAUGUUUUGUCAUAGUUGUAGAAAGCUUGCUUUUUGCUGCCCUGGUUUUCAGCAGAGGUUUUUUAAAUUGUAAAGUGUACUUUCUCAAUGUUUAAUUCAAUGUGAAAAGGGGAGAGGUACUGCAUCUAUGUGAAAUAUGAAAUGUACCAUCAAAGUGUAUCAAAGCACAAUGUUUAAUUAAUGUCUUCAGAAUACAAAUGAGGGGGAUCUCUCCAGCUUCUCCUUCUCUGUCUUUGACCAUGCUGUAAAUAGAUGCAUGUUUCUUUCUGUGAUCCAGUAGUUUUUGUACAGAAACGGACUAAUAAAGAAUACAUUUGGCCUCAAAAA